GGCCCGCGCCCAGCCAGAGCAGGGUGGGGGCUGCAGAGCGCGCUCGCCGCCCCCCGGCGGGCACGGUCCAGGGACCCGUCCCGAAGUCGGUGGUUGAGGCAGACGUUGCUCGCUGCCUGGCUGGGAAGAUGAGCCAGGUUUUCCAGAAGCGGUCGUCUUUGUUGUCCAAGACCGCUCCACGCAGGAAAGGGCUGGGCAGCGUAGAGAGCCGGGCAGCCAGGUUCUGGCAAGCCUCGUAGAAAAGGCUGGCUGUCUGGAGCAGCCCGCGGCUGGGGCUUUGAGCCAGCCAUCAGGAGCUGGGUUAUUACAUUGGUUACUUUUAAAUGCCAGACUAAGCAAUUGGACAGCUCAGUGCAGCCCUGGGCUCGCUGGUCACCAAACACCUCCUGCUUCACUCUUUUCAGCGACUGGUUUUUCAAAGCAAGCAAGCAAACAAAAAAAGACACAAAAGAGAGAAAUUAUAAUUAGGGCACAGCCCAUCUUGGCUCAGAAUUGGAAUCUUUUCCAUUUCUUCUGUUGACUCUGAAGAAUAGUUUCAAAGAAAUACCUGAGAGAAAGAUGCUUGGAGCGCUUGCAAAAGCCUGAACAAAGGAAAGAAUUAGCAAAGUGUUCUGGGCAACUCGCAGUAGUAUUCAGAUCAUCUUCUAAUGUUGGAGGAGGGAGAGAGCCAGACACAGGAAUGGCAGAGAUGCACACCUCACAGCUUGCAAACACCGGGAGUCCGUGUUCUUUUCUAGGUCUGGAACGAUCUGGAUGCGGCGUCAAGAGGACCCGGGAAACUGCAGGGCGAUACAGCAAGGAAAUGUGACCCCCGACCUUGAAGGAGGAAUCGUUGAGGGUCUGACGCUCGACAACAUGCACCAGCAGUGGCUUCUGUUGGCCGCUUGCUUUUGGGUGAUCUUCAUGUUCAUGGUGGCCAGCAAGUUCAUCACCUUGACCUUUAAAGACCCAGAUGGCUACAGCACCAAGCACGAGCUCCUGUUCCUGACCGCCGUGCCGGAAGUGGGGAAGCUGCCGGAAGACAAGCACGUGGCUGGGGAAGUGAAGCCAACUGGGGAGAUGCACGUUCAGCCCCUGGUCUACCUGCAGCGCCUGGAGCUCAUCAGAAACACCUGCAGGGACGAGGCCCUGCGGAACCUCUCGCACACCGCCGUCUCCAAGUUCGUCCUGGACCGCAUAUUCGUCUGUGACAAGCACAAGAUUCUCUUCUGCCAGACCCCCAAAGUGGGCAACACGCAGUGGAAGAAAGUGUUAAUUGUUCUCAACGGAGCCUUUCCUUCCAUUGAUGAGAUCCCCGAGAACGUGGUUCACGACCAUGAGAAGAACGGCCUCCCGCGUCUCUCGUCCUUCAGCGACGCGGGGAUUCAGAGGAGGUUGAAAACAUACUUCAAGUUUUUUAUCGUAAGGGAUCCCUUCGAAAGACUUAUUUCUGCGUUUAAGGAUAAGUUUGUUCACAAUCCCCGGUUCGAACCUUGGUACAGGCAUGAGAUCGCCCCCGGCAUCAUCAGGAAAUACAGGCGGAACCGGACGGAGACCCGGGGCAUCCAAUUCGAGGACUUCGUGCGCUACCUGGGCGACCCGAACCACAGGUGGCUGGACCUGCAGUUCGGGGACCGCAUCAUCCACUGGGUGACCUACGUGGAGCUGUGCGCGCCCUGCGAGAUAAAGUACAGCGUGGUUGGCCACCACGAGACCCUGGAGGAUGACGCGCCGUACAUCCUGAGAGAAGCUGGCAUCGACCACCUGGUGUCCUACCCGACCAUCCCGCCGGGCAUCACCGCCUACAACAGGACCAAGGUGGAACACUACUUCCUGGGCAUCAGCAAGCGAGACAUCCGGCGCCUGUACGCGCGCUUCGAGGGGGACUUCAGACUCUUUGGGUAUCAGAAGCCAGAGUUUUUGCUCAACUAAUGUGUAGGACGUGGGGAUCCAGAUAUCCCUGUUGGACCAGGGGCCGACCUGCAGGACGUCCGAGCACAGAAUCGACACUUCCUCCUUGCGGCCCCCUCGAGGACUCCCUCGGUCCCCCUGGGCCCUGAGCACUUUGGUGGAGGACGCUCACCCUGGCUGCUGCCACGGAGUCUGGACGUGAGGUCGCUGAGGACACAGCCCCACGCCCCCUCCCCACGAGUGUCGUCAGGAUGCCACUAGACUUCUCUGUCCCCCAGAGGGGACAGAAGACCAAGCCUUGGCGGUCAGAGACCCACCAGGAGAAAACACGGCUUGGUGUCAGGUGCACCCCGGCUCUCCUGGCUGGGGUGGGGUGGGGAGGUCCCUCGUCUGCCAGCAGUGGAUUGUGGGGAAGGCCCCCAGCCUUUUCAGGAGGGACAGAGGAGCUAAGGGACUGCACAAACGACAGAGACUAAUGCAGGCUCCAGUCUGCGCCCUGGGCAGACGCUCCCUCUGCGGCUGUCUGUCCCUGUGAUGUCCAGUGGUGGGCAGAGGAUGCCCUUCUCCAGUCGCCCAUCUCGGAGCCCUCUGCCUGCCAAGCACUCCCCUCGCUCAGCACAAGGCAUGUGGUUGUGGGAAGUGAGGGCGAGUGAAGGUUUUUUCCCACCUGAGAAGGGAGGCAUCUCUGAGCCUUGAAAAGCGACAUGGCUGAGAGUGGAGCUGCUGGGCUCCAGAGCUGAACUGCUGUGGUUUUGGGCAGCGUUUUGCCCAUCCUGACUGUCCUGCUUGUCUCUGCCCAUUCUGGUGGGCAGCAGGGGGUUCUCCACCCACCUCCAGGGGCCUCCCGUGGGGCCAGAGACGAGCAGGGGUGAUCCGUGCCAUCUUGACACAUCUCAGCAGGACGCGCCCCGCCAGGCCCAUUCCAGAAAAUGCCACCGUCCUGGACUAAAUGGCCAGAAGUCGGGUAACCAAGUUCACCAGCAAUACAAUCCCAGGCCCCAGCGAGGAGCGGGCCCCAGCGAGGAGCGGGCCCCAGCCACCGGCGAGCGCUGUAGAAAGGGUGACGGGGCGGCUGCCCUGAGCUGAGCCGUGGCGCUCACACCCGCACUCUGCCCGUGGGCCCAGGGCUGGCAGGAGUGAGCCCGGCUUUUCUGAAAGGCAGCAGCCUCGACCUCAUUUCCUUGCUCCUGCCGGCUGGCUGACUCUGUCAAUGUGAAAGUCAAAGAGAAUUAAGACUAUGUGCCAAACCCUACCUGUGCUGUGGUCCCAGGAGAAGGUGCCCGGAGGCCCAGGUGCCCGCCCCCAUUCCGGGUGAUGGACAGGAACAGGCAGGCUGCCAAGCCCCCGCCCUGGGCUGACCGCCAAGGGCGUCACGGCCGUUCCUCUGUAGAGUUGUAGCAGCAUCUCUGGGAGAUCAAGUCAGACCUGACGGGCUGGCUGGUGACCUCCUUCCUGUUGGAAAAGUAGCAGUGUGAAUGACAAGUGUGACUUUCCGGCCUUAAAGUUAGUCCUCAUUAAAAUCGUGUUUUCUCUCUCAGAAACCUUCAA